AUGAGUAUAAUAUGCUUUGUGGAGACAAAGAUUCAUGCAAUUGAAAAGCAGACAGUGAAUUGGAUUUAGAGCUCUCAACUUUAGAAAACGGUACACUACUUUCAGCUUUAAUAUUUUAAAAAAGGGCAAGACAUUGAGGAAAAUAUUGAAAAAACGGAUUCAGGAGAUCACAAGAAAAAUUAUUCUAUUCCUUAGGCCAUUAUUUAAGACAAAAAUAUUUUGACUUGGAGUUCAUCAUUAAAAAGAACUUUUAGACCUAUAAGUAAAGGAUCAUUUAGAGGCAGUACUUUUCAGCUAAGUGCAGCAGCAAUUGGUUCAGGAUCUCUAUCACUCCCUUAUGUGAUGGCAAAAAACGGAUUUAUUCUUGGAUUGUUGAUGAUUAUUAUCGGUUGUAUUUCAACCAUUGUUAGUUUAAUGAUGCUGGGAAAUUGUUUAGCGAAAAUUCAUCCACCUAAUUACACUUAUUUAAUUAGCGAGGUAAUAGGUAUGAAUGUAGAUCACCAUAUUGGUUGGCUUAUAAUUAUUUCAGCUAUUGGAUCAAAUGUGUCGUAUCUAAUCGCCAUAAUUUAAAUGAUACAAGUUUUUGCUGCUAAUAUUGGAUUAAAUAUGUAUCUAGCUAACGUCUAGCAUGUAAAGAUAGCUAUAGCUGCUUUUAUCUCUCUAAUCAUUUUACUCCCUUUUGGACUGACAAGAAAUUUUAGUGGUUUCAGAUACCUAAGUAUAUUUUCAAUUUCUUCUUUGGUUUACAUAAUGCUUGUACUAUUAUAUGAGUUGCCAGAUGUUUUUUUCUUUUUCUUGCCAUACCGAUUUUAUUCAGAUCUAUGA